AUGAAGAGAAUAAAUGAAAAAGGAAUUGGUGAUAUCAUUAAUGUCAGCGAUGUAAUGAUGAAAAGAAAUUUUGACUCAUUAUUUACAAAACCGAAAACAGAAUAUAGUCUUUAUGACGUAAUUACCGAAUUAAUGAAAAAGAUUAAUGAUAAUAAGAGUUCUGGCGGAAGAGUUGAAUUAGAAGUGAAUGAUGUUAAUGAGAAAUUAGCCGAAAAAGCAGAUAAAAACCACGUUCAUUAUAUAACUUCAGACGAACAGAUUAUAACGGACUACCAUGGAUAUUUAACACGAAGUGAUGAAGCGAAGACAAAAAAUGUUAAUGAAAGAAGAUAUAAAUACAUUCGUGCUAAAGGUUAUGACAUAAGCUGUACUGUACAGUAUGAUGUAGCUAAAGCACCAGAAGCAUUUGGUUAUAACGAUGAAAUUUAUGCCUCUACUUUCAAUGUUAACGGUGUAUUAGUUGAACCAAGAUUUACUUUGAGAGUUAAGUCAAAAAUAACGUUUGAAGAUGCUAUUAAAAGUAAAGCUGACAAAGUUGAACUCGAAGCAAUGAACAAAGUUUUGAAAUCUCAUAAACACAACAUCUCCGAUAUAAAUGAACUUCAAGCUACAUUAGACAGUAAAGCCGACAAGAACCAUACAAACGAAUCCUUCACUACUGUUAGAGCAGACGACAUUAUCUUGAACUUUGAUUUGGGUUCAAAUGCACCAUUAGAAAAUCCAAGUACAAGCGUAAAAGAUACUCUUAACAAUUUAGAUAAGAGUUGCAGGAAUACCGAAGAUCAUGCCAGAAACUUUGAAGCAUAUGAACUACCAGCAAUGUUAGAUAAGAAAGCUGACAAGAACCAUACACAUAAAUCCUUCACUACUGUUAGAGCAGACGACAUUAUCUUGAACUUUGAUUUGGGUUCAAAUGCACCAUUAGAAAAUCCAAGUACAAGCGUAAAAGAUACUCUUAACAAUUUAGAUAAGAGUUGCAGGAAUACCGAAGAUCAUGCCAGAAACUUUGAAGCAUAUGAACUACCAGCAAUGUUAGAUAA